AUGUACUGCUUUGUACUUUGCUGAUGACAGAGGGGCUAUUACAUGGAAAAGUCCAAUCAGACCUCCCCCAUGGUGGAGUUUAUUCUCCUGGGCCUCUCAGCCCACCCAAAGCUAAAGAAUACAUUUUUUGUGCUCAUCCUGCUGAUGUACCUGGUGAUCCUGCUAGGCAAUGGGGUCCUCAUCCUGGUGACCAUCCUUGACUCCCGCCUGAACACACCCAUGUACUUCUUCCUGGGGAACCUCUCCUUCCUGGACAUCUGCUACACAACAUCCUCCGUCCCUUUGGUCCUGAAUGGCUUCCUGACCCGCCAGAUGACCAUCUCUUUCUCAGCCUGUGCUAUGCAGAUGUUCCUCUCCUUUGCCAUGGCAGGAACAGAGUGUGUGCUCCUGAGCAUGAUGGCGUUAGAUCGCUAUGUGGCCAUCUGUAAGCCCCUGAGGUACCCCAUAGUCAUGAGUAAGGCUGCCUAUGUGCCCAUGGCUGCUGGCUCCUGGACUAUUGGUGGUGCUGCUUCCGUGGUACACACAACCUUGACAAUUCAGCUGCCCUUCUGUGGGAACAACAUCAUCAACCACUUCACCUGUGAGAUCCUGGCUGUCCUGAAGUUGGCCUGUGCUGACAUCUCCAUCAAUGUGAUCAGCAUGGAGGUUACAAAUGUGAUCUUCUUGGGGGUCCCAGUUCUGUUCAUCUCUUUCUCCUAUGUGUUCAUCAUUGCCACCAUCCUCAGGAUCCCCUCAGCUGAGGGGAAGAAAAAGGCCUUCUCCACCUGCUCUGCCCACCUCACUGUGGUGGUCAUCUUCUAUGGGACCUUAUUUUUCAUGUAUGGGAAGCCAAAGUCUAAGGACUCCCUGGGAACAGAUGAACAGGACCUUUCAGACAAGCUCAUCCCCCUCUUCUAUGGGGUGGUGACCCCCAUGCUCAACCCCAUCAUCUACAGCCUGAGGAACAAGGAUGUGAAGGCUGCUGUGUGGAACCUUGUGGCUCAGAAGAAGGCCAGCCAGUGAUGUAGGGGGUCCUCU